AUGGCCCAUCUAAAACAAGUACACUGCCAGAUGUUCCGGAGCCGGCUGCACCAAGAUGCCGAUGCUCUCGGCAAGCUCAUGGUCUUUUGCACGGACCCGUGUUAUGGGAACAGCAAUCUCAACUACGCACAGAGAGUCUUCGAUUUCAUUGAAAAGCCCUGUUUAUUCAUACAUAAUUUAAUGAUCAAAGUGUAUGCGAAGAAGGGCAGUUUCAGGAAAUGUCUGUUGUUGUUUAGCCGACUCAGGGGAGAUGGCUUGUGGCCUGAUAAUUUCACCUACCCGUUCGUGUUGAAAGCAAUCGGAUGUUUGGGGAAGACUCUGGAGGGUAGAAGGGUUCAUGGAUUCGUUACGGUGACGGGGAUGAGAUCCGAUACUUACGUGGUGAACUCGUUAAUGGAUAUGUAUGUGCAUUUGGGGCAAAUGGAUGUGGCGCGGAAGGUGUUUGAUGAAAUGCGCGAGAGAGAUGUGGUUUCUUGGAAUGUACUCAUAUCUGGGUAUGUGAAGUUUAGGAGAUUCGAGGAUGCUAUCAAAGUUUACUGCUCUAUGAGAAAUGAGAGUGAUCUGAGACCUGAUGAGGCUACAAUUGUAAGCACUCUCUCGGCUUGUGCAGCAUUGAAGAAUUUGCAACUCGGGGAAGAAAUCCAUCAUUUCGUCACGAGUGAAAUCGAAUGCACUUCGAUCAUUGCUAAUGUGUUACUCGACAUGUAUUGCAAGUGUGGUUGUUUGCUAGUAGCUCGAGAAAUCUUUGACAAGAUGCCCUCUAGAAAUGUCAUUUGUUGGACGACUAUGAUCAACGGAUAUGUGCAGUUCAACCAUUUUGACAGAGCAGUUGCACUCUUCAGAGAGAUGCAAGCCAGAAGAAUGAAGCCUGAUAAGUUCAUAUUGGUUGCUCUCCUUACGGGGUGUGCACAAACGGGUGCCCUCGAGCAAGGUAAAUGGAUACACGAGUACAUAGACGAAAACCGAAUAGCAGUCGAUACAAUUCUUGGUACUGCUCUAAUAGACAUGUACGGGAAAUGUGGAAGCAUCAAUAGAGCACUGAGCAUCUUCCAUUGUUUAAAAGAGAAAGACACAGCCUCUUGGACUUCAAUCAUAUGUGGGCUCGCAAUGAAUGGGAAGACAUACGAGGCGCUCCAUUUGUUUUCGAGAAUGAAACAAGUUGGAGUCAGACCAGACGAUGUUACUUUCAUUGGUGUUUUGAGUGCUUGUAGCCAUGGAGGAUUGGUUGAGGAAGGUCGUGAAUUCUUUCAUUCCAUGACAGCAUCAUAUCAAUUUCAACCGAAGAUUGAGCACUAUGGGUGCUUUAUCGACUUGCUUGGUCGAGCUGGAUGUUUGGAAGAAGCAGAGGAGCUCAUACGAGAGGUUCCGUGUUCCAAUCUUGAGGCAGUUGUUCCUCUUUAUGGUUCUUUGCUCAGUGCUUGCAGGAUUUAUAGAAAUGUUGACAUAGGCGAGAGGGUUGGUAAGCAUCUCGUGACGAUGGCAUCAGGUGAUGCGAGUGUGCUUACGCUUCUUGCAAAUAUCUAUGCCUUGACGAGCAAGUGGGAAGAGGUGAAGAAGGUGAGAAGUGAAAUGAAAGAUCUUGGUGUCAGAAAGACCCCUGGUUGUAGCUCGGUUGAGGUUGAUGGCGUCGUCCAUGAGUUUACUGUCGGUGAUUCUUCUCAUCCUAGAGGGAAAGAGAUAUACUCUAUCUUGAAUGAAUUGACUAGACCAUUGUUGGGUUCGGAAGACAAUCUGCUGAUGAAAAGCGAAGAGUUACUUGCAGUCAACUCUUGA